UGUCUGAUGUAAGUUGUUGAGAGGCCUGGUAACCCAAACCAUGUUUCGGACCACCUGUGUAACAUUUCAUGGACAGACAAAACUGCUCCCAGAAGAUCCAAAGCAUGAGUCACCGUUCUCGAGCCUCCAGACGUGGACAUCAUGCCCACUGUGAUUCAUGUUACAGCCGGCGCUGCAGGGCUCGGGUGGAGGUCUCCGUGUGCUGUGUGGUCACCUCCUGCCGCCUGCUCUGUGGAGCUGUGUUCCACCUGUGUAAAGAGGAGGAUCACCUGCUGCUCUGCCCCAACGUCAGGGUGCCCUGCCUCAAUGCUGAGUAUGGAUGCCCUCUCCAGAUGACCCGCUCCUCGCAGGCUGCACACCUCCAGGUGUGUCCAGCCAGCCUGGUGUGCUGCUCCAUGGAGUGGAAUCGCUGGCCAGCAAAUGAUUCUCAUUCUCAUUCAAACACAGAACUCCAUGAAAACCUACUGAGUCAGACCGAGCAUGGAGGAUGUUUGGACCUGGCCAUGGCUCUGAAAGACCAGGACCGCCUGUUCCACUCCAUGAAGAUGAAGAAACUGUUUCCAGAGCUGAUCCAGAGUGUGGAGGAGGAGGAGAAAGAGGAAAAAAGAAGGCAGGAGGAGAGGAGGAAGGAGAAGAAGAAAAAGAUUGCUUUGGAGAAGGAGGCAGCUGCAAAGCAAAAUGUCUGGCAGCCUUUUACCAUAUUCAACACACAGACGUUAGAAGAGAAAGAGGAUGAGGAUGAUGAGGAUGAUGAGGAUGAGAAUGUGGAUGAGAAUGUGGAUGAGAUUCAGCAGCCCACCCUGACUCAGCAGGAAAGAGAGGCUCUUGUCAGGGGGGACUCAGGGGUGAAUCCUGAGCUUUUGGAAAGCUACACUGCAUGGGAGCGCAUGUUCAGCAUGGAGAUGGGCGGCUGCAGGGAGGCCGGAGGGGCUGGAAGAGGGCAGGGAGCUGCUGAAGCCAGAGGAACUCUGGGAACUCUGAUGGAAGAAGAUGCUGAGUCAUGUAUGGGCGCUGCUGCUUCAAAUACCUGCAAACAGGUGGGCAGUGCAUGCACCGAUCUCUCCUCCUCCUGUCGUACCAAGAAUGUGAAGAAGAGUUUUUACUACGGACAUGUGGAGCCGUUGAAGAUCAUCACAGUUCGUACAUUUAAAGUUCCGACCAGCUUUUCUGCCAAACAAAGCCGCAUCCGCAACCCUGGGUUCUACAAGAGGCAAAGCAAAGGUGUGGACACCAGUGACCUGGGGGUGGCGCUACAGGACAUGCCUGUCUGGGAGGAAGUACAGGCCUCUUUACUUUGCUCCCUGGAGAAAGAGCAAAGAGGUCACCUUAUUGCAGAGACCACGAGCACAGACGCUCUGCUGACUGAUGAAGGCACCCAGACCUACAGCUUCCUGUCAGCUCCUUUUCCCAAAAACACGUCUUUGGCUGACCUGACGACUAAUAAACCACUGGAGCUGCACCUUCAGCUGCAGGUGGAGAGCGUCACCAGUCGACACCAUAAGGCCAGCUCCGCCUUCACCUUCCUCUGUGGUCACACCUUUCAACGUAGAGAGUAUGGCAGGCAUUAUAAGAACAUCCACAGCGACAUCCAUAUGAAUGUGAAUGGCUGGUUUGAGCAGAGAUGUCCGCUGGCAUAUCUUGGUUGUACCUACAGCCAAAAGAGGUUCCAGCCCUCAACACUUGAAGCCACCAUCAAAUACAAUGAGGAGCUCGGCUGCUUCAGCCUCCAUCCCACCACCCCUGCAUCACUGAUGUCCCAGGUCUCCAGGACCACAGAAGACAACAAGAGAGGGUCCGGGGCAGGAGGAGGGGAGGACACUCUUAGUUCACUGCCUUACGAGGUGCUCUGCCACAUUGCCAGUUUCCUGGACAGUCUGUCCCUGUCGCAGCUGGCUAUGGUGUCCCAGCUCAUGAGGCAGGUGUGCUCUUCUCUGCUCCAGGACAGAGGGAUGGUCAGCCUGCACUGGGAGAGGAUGACCGACUCACAUGGAAAAAAUAAGUGGAGGGUCAAUCAGAAGGUUUGGCAGUUCAGCUCCUUGUUCUCUCCUGUCGACACCUGGGGCUUCCGAGAUGAGCCGUCCAUAUCAGAGCAUCUAAAGGUCUGUCCUUAUUAUGAGAGAGAGACAAGAGUGGAGAAGAUUUUCCUGCCAUGUAUCAAAGAAGAAGUCCAAACCAACUGCAAAGGUCCCACUCUGGUCAGCCUGUUCCACAAGAAGAAGUUCAUCAUGUAGAGUGAAACACACAUGCACCUGUAUGAUGAUAUUCACUUUAGACAAAGUGGAAAAUCCAUCUGGACAUUCAAUGUUUAAUGUCACUUAUAGAAAAUUAUUGUAGCACUAGACUUUAAUGUUUAAAACAGUAAACGUGUUAGGACUUAUGUUAAAAAGUACAAAAAUGAAAGUGUGGUAGUAACUUUUAACAGUGGAUUAGUGGUUUCCUAUCAGCACAUGUGAAAACCAUAUUCAGUUUUUAUGCUAUUCUUUUGAGAAAAAACAUAACAGAAUAGACAUUAUGCACCCUAAUUUAGCUACUUUUGAGUUUCCACUCUGGUUUUUCCUAAUCUCCUUCCAUAAAGUAGUCAGUGUGUUCUGUUAUAAACUAAAAUUGUGCUGUGAGUCUAAAGUCAAACGUGUCCAUCAGGAGGUGAAUCAGGUCAUGACCUCUGCUACCUGAGAGAUUAAACUGUCAAGGCUGAACAGGUGAAAAAACAGUGAAGGAUGACUAUGCAGUUUCAUUCACCAAUGACUCUGGGAAAUAAUACGAUGGGAAAGAUAAGAUGGUUUGAACGCAAGAAUAAAAUCUCAGUGGUCUGAAACACAGGUUGUCAUGGUCCUCUGAGAAACAGAGGAAAAUAAAAUACAGAAAGAAGAAAUAUCUAAUAAAUAUGGAAUCAGCUGAAUGGAAGUGAGGUGAACUGAAAUGAAUUAAACUGAAUUGAGUUGAAUGGGACUGAAUUGAAUGGAACUGAAUUGAAUUAAAUUGAAUUAUAUUGAACUGAACUGAA